UCCGCGUUCCCCAGGCCGCGGCCGCGCCCGCAGGUUUCAUGCUGCGUCUGACGGAGCGGAACAUGAAGCUGCUCGUGGUGGCCGCCUUCGUCUUGGGCUCGGUUCUUUUCUUGCUCUUGCCGGGAUUCUCUGCGGCCGACGAGAAGAAGAAGGGACCCAAAGUAACCACCAAGGUAUAUUUUGAUCUUAAAAUUGGUGAGGAAAAUGUAGGCCGAAUUGUCAUUGGUCUCUUUGGGAAGACAACUCCAAAGACAGUGGAAAAUUUUGUGGUUCUGACCACUGGAGAGAAAGGUUUUGGCUUCAAAGGCAGCAAAUUUCACCGUGUGAUCAAGGACUUCAUGAUUCAAGGUGGAGACUUCACUCGUGGUGAUGGCACAGGAGGAAAGAGCAUCUAUGGUGACCGUUUCCCUGACGAGAACUUCAAACUGAAGCACUACGGGCCGGGCUGGGUAAGCAUGGCCAAUGCCGGCAAGGACACCAACGGCUCCCAGUUCUUCAUCACCACCGUCAAGACUCCGUGGCUGGAUGGCAAACACGUGGUGUUUGGCAAAGUUCUGGAAGGAAUGGACGUGGUCCGGAAGGUGGAAAACACCAAAACAGACGGGCGGGACAAGCCCCUGAAGGAUGUGACAAUAGCCGACUGUGGCACGAUCGAAGUCGAGAAGCCUUUCGCCAUUGCCAAGGAGUAGGGUCCCCUGGAGACCUGCUGUAGAGGCUGUGCAGGAAGCAUCCCGUGUCUGGGGACCGAGGCCUGGUCUGGGCCCCUUUCCAGCCCUGGGCUCCUAGUACAGCCCGUGGUGCCGACAUCUGACUGAGCUGACCCAGAAUCCAUCCUUACAUUCCACAGCCCCUCAGGCCCGGUUUUGUAAAGAAACACACGCCAAUAAAGAAGAAAACAUUUUUUUAAUAGAAAGUGAGUGGGCUGGGUUCAUCCCUUGCCCUCCCUAAGCAUCUCAGCUUAGCCCAGCCCAGAAGCACCAUCCCCAUGAAAGUUCUUGAGGGAAUGGUAGGGCUUGUUUCCUGUAGAACUGGGCUCCUUCCUUCACCCUCUCUUCUCUCUCCCUUCCCUCGGAGGCCGGCCAGAGAGCUAGUCCUGUCCUGGACUAGGCUGUGCCCCCUAGUCCUCGCCCUUCCCCUCUCCCUGCAACUGCAUUUCCAAAGAGUGAAGUUUUUGCUUCUCUCCUCAGCCUCCAACCUGGUCCUCGUCUCCAUCCUCCCACCUUGUAGAUAAGCCCUUGCUUCUUCCUCCCUGUGGUUCCUUUCCUCCAAUACAAACAGCCCAUUUUCUUGGGCUCAUCCCUAA